GCCUCUUCAGGUCCCUAGGGACCCCACAGCUGCGGCCGCCGCCUUCUUCCCCCAUGAUGGAGAGUGUCGGCGUGUACGGAUUCUGUGGGUGCAAAGGAAAGAGCAGAGCGAAGUGUGAGUCGAGGCGGGAAAGAACAGCAGCAGAACCGGCUCCCACAUCUGCGUAUUCCUCCCCAGCCCGGAGUCUCGGGGACACAGGGAUAACACCUCUGUCCCCCUCCCAUAUCUUGAACGACACAGACCCGGUCUCGGAGCAGCAGGCGUUUCUUGUGGUGGUGGCCAUAGACUUCGGCACCACGUCCAGCGGCUAUGCCUACAGCUUUACCAAGGAGCCCGAGUGCAUCCAUGUGAUGAGGAGGUGGGAGGGCGGUGACCCUGGCGUCUCCAACCAGAAGACCCCGACAACCAUCCUGCUGACGCCAGAGAGGAGGUUCCACAGCUUUGGGUAUGCUGCCAGGGACUUCUACCAUGACCUGGACCCCAACGAGGCCAAGCAGUGGCUGUACUUGGAGAAGUUCAAGAUGAAACUCCACACCACAGGGGACCUCACCAUGGACACAGACCUGACAGCAGCAAAUGGCAAGAAAGUCAAAGCCCUUGAAAUCUUUGCAUACGCCUUGCAGUACUUUAAGGAGCAGGCACUGAAGGAGCUGAGUGACCAGGCAGGGGCGGACUUUGAGAACUCUGACGUCAGAUGGGUCAUCACCGUGCCUGCCAUCUGGAAGCAGCCAGCCAAGCAGUUCAUGAGAGAAGCUGCCUAUCAGGCAGGCCUGGCCUCCCCUGAGAACUCGGAGCAGCUCAUCAUUGCCUUGGAGCCCGAGGCCGCCUCCAUCUACUGCCGGAAGCUGCGUCUGCACCAGAUGAUCGAGCUCAGCAGCAAGGUGGUGGCCAACGGGCACAGCACCAGUGACACAGUAGGAGCGGGGUUUGCACAGGCCAAGGAACACGUUCGGCGAAACCGGCAGAGUCGCACCUUUCUGGUGGAGAAUGUCAUAGGAGAGAUCUGGUCUGAGCUGGAGGAAGGUGACAAGUACGUGGUUGUUGACAGUGGAGGGGGCACCGUGGACCUGACCGUCCAUCAGAUACGGCUGCCAGAGGGGCACCUCAAGGAGCUGUACAAAGCCACAGGUGGACCCUACGGCUCUCUGGGAGUAGAUUAUGAAUUUGAAAAGCUGCUUUGUAAAAUAUUUGGAGAGGAUUUUAUCGAACAGUUCAAGAUCAAACGCCCGGCAGCGUGGGUAGACCUGAUGAUCGCCUUUGAGUCUCGGAAGAGGGCCGCUGCGCCAGACCGGACCAAUCCCCUCAACAUCACGCUGCCCUUCUCCUUCAUCGACUACUACAAAAAGUUCCGGGGCCAUAGCGUGGAGCACGCCUUGAGGAAGAGCAACGUGGACUUCGUGAAGUGGUCCUCCCAGGGGAUGCUGAGGAUGAGCCCGGACGCCAUGAAUGCCCUCUUUAAGCCAACCAUCGACAGCAUCAUUGAGCACCUCCGGGACCUAUUUCAGAAGCCCGAGGUGUCCACGGUCAAAUUCCUCUUCCUGGUGGGCGGCUUCGCAGAGGCGCCCCUUCUGCAGCAGGCGGUGCAGGCCGCCUUUGGGGACAAGUGCAGGAUCAUCGUCCCCCAGGGCGUGGGCCUCACCAUCCUCAAGGGGGCCGUCCUCUUCGGCCUGGACCCGGCAGUCAUCAAGGUGCGCCGCUCCCCACUCACCUACGGGGUGGGCGUGCUCAACCGCUACGUGGAGGGGAAGCACCCGCCCGAGAAGCUGCUGGUGAAGGACGGCACGCGCUGGUGCACCGACGUCUUCGACAGGUUCAUCUCGGCCGACCAGUCGGUGGCGCUGGGCGAGCUGGUCAAACGCAGCUACACCCCCGCCAAGCCCUCCCAGCUGGUGAUCGUCAUCAACAUCUACAGCUCCGAGCAGGACGACGUGAGCUUCAUCACCGACCCCGGCGUCAGGAAGUGCGGGACGCUGCGCCUGGAUCUCACGGGGACCAGCGGCUCGGCCGUGCCCGCCCGCAGGGAAAUCCAGACCCUCAUGCAGUUCGGGGACACUGAGAUCAAGGCCACGGCCAUCGACAUCGCCACCUCAAAGAGCGUCAAAGUGGGGAUCGACUUCUUAAAUUACUAACGGAACCGCCCCUCCCAACCACCAGCCCCCGGGGCUCCUCUGCAUUUGCUGACCUCAGCCUUGACCGUUCUGUCCCCCACCUUGACCCUUCCCAUAGCCCACCUGAAUUUCAGUAGGAAAGAAGAGAACCAGGGAGAAAACUGAGGGGUUUUGGGUUUUGGUUUUCUUUUGUUUUUGAGGGUACUUUAGAGUCAGAAAAACUCAGAAAUUAAUGCCACGAUCCGGAAAUAGAAAGUUGGAGGAUCCUAGGGCAGCCGGCUCCCAGGGUUCCUGGAUGGUAAAGCAGUCUGCUGAGGAAACUGGUGCAGCUUGCUCUGAAGGGGUCCCCGUGAGGGCUUAGGAUGCCCACCGAAGUCUCUCUGGAUUUAAGUGAGGUCUUUGACCCAGGAGGGCGUCUUCAUCAAAGGUCUUUGUAAAUCAUCUUGGAUGGCAUGGAGCAGGAAACACGAGCUUCCUGCAGUUAAUUUCUUCUCUUUAUCCUGGCUCAGAGUGCUCACUUGUGGUAACUUACACCAUUUGUUUUUCUUUCUCUAAGCUGGUGGGAGACAGCUGUCCACGCUAUCUCAUAUAGAUUACAGGAAGCUCAGUGAGGGGCAGGGCAGCCUUGGCUAACUCAACCCGAAGGGGGGGUGGGGUAAAAGUGUUGUCACCUCCAUUUUCCAGAGCAGGUAAAAACUUGCCUUGGUGGAAGAGGGCACUGAAGAGUUAGUGACGUACCCCAAACUACAGCAGUCCCCUUUUAUCUGUCGGGUAUACAUCCUGAGGUUCCCAGUAGAUCCCCAGAGGUGGGUAGUACCAAACCUUAUCUGCUCUACGUUUUUCUAUACUUACACACCUAUAAUAAAGCUCAGUUUACUAAAGUAAGUCAUUAGCAGCAGUAACUAAUGCUACAUAGGACAAUUAUGAAAACACUUUGAUGAAAUUUCUAUGAAUGUGGUCCAUCUCAGUGUAUCUCACCGUACUACACCAUUGUGCAUUUUUGGACCACAGUUGACUGGGGUCAAUUGAAAACCCAGUAAAUGAAAACACAGACCACAAGGUGAUUCUUAGAAGAGCAAACCUUGAGUUCAGAGGUCCUACAUAGUUCUAGGUGAUCUUAGUAGGAAUUUAGAGAAAGUUUCUAUUUGCCCUGUUUGUAUCAUCAUGCCCAGAAAUCCAAAGCCGGCCCCUGCCUCGCAGACCAUGCAAACAUUCAGUCAACCCCCUGUCUGCUGUUCUUCCUUCCCCAGUAAAGAAAUACAAAAGGGGGUUCUGUUCCAUCAAAUGUCUCGAUCAAAUCUUCAGCUUUUCAGAGUCACCUAAAAGUAGUAUGCACACCUAGACCUGGUACAUGGGAGCAGCCUUUUCUAAAGCAGGUCUGUGGCUCAGCUGCCUCAGAGUCGCCUGGGUGCUUGUCAAGGACAGGUCCUGAGUCCAUCCUUUACCAGAGCUCACUCUGGAGGGGCAGGAUCUGCAGUUUUAGUGUUGGAACGUGGGGGUUUUGAACCUGAGAGUCUUGUCAACACUGAAGUGACCACGGAGUGCAUUAUAUGGCCUCAACUCCUUCCAGGUCUCCCUCAGCAAGAGCCUGUGUGUCCACACUCUGCCCUGAAGAUAAGAGGGCUUGGAGAGGCACCUGGCCUCGGUGGUUGCCUGUUUAACCCUCACAGGAAGGAUGAGAGGAGGAAAAGGAUGGCACGAACGGAACCCUGAGAAUGCCGCUGCCCAAGGAGCCAGCCAGGUUCUGAGUUCUCACCUUCCCUCUGCAAAGCCAGCCUCACCAACAUUCAGGACCCGACUGCGGAUAAAGAAUCAAACAUCUGACUCUUAGUCCAUUUGAUGUGUUCAAUGUUGUCUUUCCCACCUGCUGGAAUUCAUUCUGAUUUCUAAACACUGGAGACAUGCAGAAUUAAUGAGUGAAUGAAUGAGUGAAUGAAUGAAGAAAGGGACUUCAAAUGCAAGUUGGAUUUGUGAACCCAUCAUCAUAGCCAAUAUGCAGAUUUUAAGUAGCAUUUUGAAUUUCAGCCUGCUGCCUUCUUUUUCACACCGCUUGCUGCAGAAUCCCCUGCUAGAAUGUGAAAAUGCUAUCAAACCACAGAGCAAGAGAUGGGAGCCCCGAGCCCAACGGCAGGGUCUCACAGGACGCUUGUCUUCUUAGCCUCUCCCGCUAACUCUGCUUCAGAAGCUCAUGGGUCUCUUUUUGGGGUUUCCAGCCACGGUCCUCAAAUAGACUUUCAAUUUUGUUAUAAUGGAUAUAAUUUUGUGUAUAUAUAAUUCUAGAAUCUUGUACAGAAUCUUUAUUUCUACUGUGUGCUUGUUUAAAAAGGAAAAUCCUCUUGGUUUUGGUGACUAGCACUGCUGCCUGAAAGCGCCACAGCUUCAUUUCUUAACUGCUCCCACCGAUCACAGUCUGCUGUGACCACGGCUUCAUUUCUUAACUGCUCCCACCGAUCACAGUCUGUGCUGUUAUCAUGCAAUGGACUAAGUACGCAAGACUGAGCAAUAGACAGAGGUGCCUUGGGUCAGAGUUCUCUGAUCGACAGCUACACCAGACCCUUCCACACUUGCUCACCCUGCCAGAAGCUGAGCAGCUUCUGCAUAGAGUAAUGUAUCAAUUCUCCUGUCCCGACUUUGAGAGUGGAACUCACUGGUUCCGUAAGCAAGGCCUGCCGGAACAGCCUUGGAUCUAGCAGGGUUGCUGGCCUCUCUUCUCUGGCCAGGCAAAGCACGGCAUAGUUCAUGAUCAAAGGAGCCCAGUGGUACAUAAACGGGGUUUCUGUCGGGUUGAAUAAGUAAUUGUGAGCAGUACAGUCCAACCUUCUCCUAGCUUGAUGGAGAGCACUUCUCCCCUUAUGCUGAGUCUAUGUCCUUGCCUCCUGUUUUGCUUAAAUGAGCUUAUAGAAAUCUGCAGUCUUAGCACAGUGAUGAUGGAGAGGGGGUGGUAAUUUUACUGGACCUCCGCAGGGCCCAGAGACGCAGCCCAGUAGCCAAACUGAGUAAAGCUUUCCAGCCGAUCCCUGCCCCAACUGAAAUAAUCCUAGUCUGAGCACUGGGUAAGUACACUUGGAACACAUUUCCCAGUCUUAGUUCCAGAAGGUCUGUGGUCUUGACCAGUUGUCCUUUGCUUAUUUUAUCUGGCUUCUUUACCACCUUUUCUGUACACAGCAGGCGUUUAUAAACAGUGACAGGACAAGGACAUACAGUCGAAAGAGGUGUCCAGAAGAGGUUCUGGGGAGUGAUGGCUGAGUCCAGGCUACAGACCCGCCCGACCCUUAGAAUGUUACUGAGACCAAGUUUAGCCUUUAGAGUCCAGGUCUGGUUAAUGGCCAGGGUAGCAAAGAAUUGCAUGCACCAAUAUAAACAGGAGUCAAAAUGCAUUAUUCAUUGAAGACCGAAUGUCACACUGAUGAAAUAGUUGUGAUGAGGCUUCGCAGUCCGUAUGCUGGGGAAUGGCUUAUGUGGAUGGCUAGUGUAAAGUUCUUGGCCACAAUAUCUCUAACUCCUCCCCUUUGCUUGACGUAUGAAACAGUAUCCUAAGAUUUCAGCCACUGGGAGUCUUGUUCACUACAAGAUAGAUCCAAACCUCACAGAAUUUGCAGCCUUUCACAACUAGACAGGAUUGUGCCUGCAAACUCGUCUUCACAGAUUCUAAUAAAGUAAAGCUCUGAA